GACAGGGCGUGGCCAAGAGGGUCUUGGUGGGGGAGAUGAGUGCUGUGAAGCUACAUGUGCCCAUGGCAUCAUUCACAAAGUGCUUAGAGGCCAACAAGCCAGAGAACACUUUAUUUGAAGAUGUCAACUCCUGGCAUGUGUCCUUCUACGAGAUGCAGAGGUUUAUGCCCCUGAUCCUCGCACUUUUUGAUAUCUCACCUGAAUGGGAGAUCACGCUUGGCAACCUGCAUGCUGUUUUCGCGAGCAUCGAUGAUGAGACAGAGGUUCCAGAGAGCAUGAGCGCGGCUUCAGCCGAGUCUGCACGCGAGGAGUUGCCUUCUGGGUCAAAUGGCCCUGCUAGAUGGUCAGAGUCCAUGGAGAAGAUGUAUGGGCCACCCCCCCGUGUCCCUCAAGGUUUCUCCCAACUUGAUGCUGACACUGAGUCGAAGAAGAAUGCCAUUGGUUUGGUCAUGGCUAGUGGUCUUGACUACAAAAGGGCAGUUGAGUUGUUGGAGUACUGCGAGGGUGAUGUUGAGCUUGCUUUGAACAAGCUUGAGAAGGCUCAGAUCCGUGAGUCGACCAAUGAUGUGCGAAAGCCACCACAGCCGCAUGCCGUGCGUGCGAUUCCCACUGCAGUGCGAAAUCCCUAUGUGCUCCCACAGUAUCUCCUCAAUGAAGAGAUGGCAAUUGAGUGCACAGAGAUUGUUGACUCAGAGGACGUGGUGGAACCCGACAUGACCAACGUGGUGCAACCGGACAUGACCGCUUCAUCUGACUGCGGAGACCGUGCUGCACAUGCAGAUGACGCAGUGGAUCUGGAAGUGAUUCUCUCGGAUCUUGCUCCUGCCAGUCAGAGUUUGCACUCCGUUGAUGCAGACCUUGAUGAGAUGCCCAGUGGUGGCAGCCCUCAUGACCGUAGCUGUGACGAAGCUGUUGGGAAAGCUGAUCAUCCCUCGGUUCCAGAGUGCUGUGCUGGGCCGGGUCCUUUGGCAGCUGAUUCGGUGCAGCAUGAGUCCUGGCGGGAAUGUGCCAGUGAUACUGGCAGUCCGCAAGUUGACCUCACAGGGGCAUCUUGGAGUUCAGCUGCUUGGGCCAAGAACCCCUUGAACAAAAAUUUCAAGUGCUGGAAGGUCACUCUGGACCCCAAAUAUUCACUACCACCUGAGCCUGAGUUCAUGAAUGAAGAUCUUACCCACGAAGUCCCCAAGUACGAAGAACAGGGUCAGCAAAGGGGAAGGAAACCUCAAAGGUUGUCACCCAAGGCUGCUGCCAAGAGACGUGCAAAGGGGAAAGAGUCCAAAAAGGGUCCCACAAAGACCAAGGCUUCAAAGGUUGCAAAGUCGAAGGUAUCCAAAACUCCAGGGAAGGGGGCAGCCAGGAGAGUGAGAAAGGGAAGAGUGGGGGGAGGCCGCAAAGAAAAAAACAAGAGGGUGCGCCGCGCAUCCCAGUCUCGAGCUGCCUCGUCAGCUGCAUCCCCGGCAGAGGCCUCCAUGUCAGAGGCCGCACCACGCCCAAGCACAUCCAAGAGAGCACGCAGGGCAAAGCAACCUGGCACUGAGGCACCUGUCACUUCCACCACUGAGGCACCUGUCGUUCCCAGCAGCAAUCAGGAACAGCCAGAGUUCAGCAUUCCGGAUGACGCAGUGGAAGCCCCAGCCCAUUGCACAUACAAUGCUGUCUACAGCACAGCCUACCGUCGGGCACAGGCAACCAAGUGCACAGUCGCUGAGUGUAAGAAUAAGGGAAAGCAUGCCUCGUGGUUCAAAAGGAAGAAUGGUGUCCGCUCUGGAAAGAGUGGUGGCCCUGUUUUUUGCCUAAGCCUCCCCGUGAUGGACCUCACCAUCCUGGAUAUGCCUUCCUACCGCCGGGUGAUCAGUUUGACAACGUUGAUCUUUUCGCGGGGACCUGCUAUCUCCCGUUGGUUUCCUGCGCUCGCUGUGGGCAGUGAUGAAUUUGAAGCUGGGAGGUUGUACCGCUCUGUGCGGGAAGCCAAUCUAAUGGUGAGUCGUAUCUACUUCCACCCACGGCUUCGCAAGUUCCUCAAGAAGCGCGGCCACACGGAACAAAUGACCUGGCUUGGAAUGUAUGGUGCCAAGACCUGGAAGCCUGUUAAACUGGUGAGUUCGUCAAAGGAAGUUCAACGUCUUUAUAGGAAGCUCAACAAGAAGAAGUUCGGGAAGAGUGGGAGCACUCGACAGUACCGGUCGGCAAGUGGGUUGGAUGAAGUGGAAGCAUGUCUCCUAGACAUGCUCAACAACCGGGUGGCCAAGCGGAAGGAACUGCCAAUGGGGACCCCUUCAAAGAGUGACAUUUUGUCGCCAACACCUCCGUCUGCGGCCGGCCCUGCUAGAUCAGACAGCAAGGUUGGGUCUUGGAAGACUGAGUGGGUGCCGCCCGACCCUUCAACCCGUAGAGUUCCUGAGUUGACACCGCUUGUGCAUCCAAGCACCCCAUUGGAUGAACCAGCGCCCAAAGCCGCUGCAAGCGUGCCCAAACCUGUGAGCCCCCCACUGCCUCCCCCAGCCAAAGUAAUGCAAACAAAACAUGAAGCACCAGGAGCACCACUUCCUAUGCCCAAAGCAGUUGGCGCAGCACUGACCAGCCCCCCAGCCAAGACAACCUCUAGCAUCAAGCCUGCGAUUGCCAAGCAUAGCACUGCAGCAAAGACAAUGGUCACCAAGCCAGCGUCACCAACAUCGCCAGCAGAUUCCAUGAAUCCCUAUGUCACACCAGCACCUCCACCACCCAAACACCCGCCAACUGCACCAGAAAGUAGCCUUCCAUCAACACUCCCAUCACCAGCUACAGCACCGCCACCGCCCAUUCUGCGCAGAGCAGCCCCACUUGAUGCCAGCGAACACGAUUCUAAGAUGAAAGAAAUCAGUGACUACACCGAAGAAAAACUUAGCAAGCUCACAGAGGAGGAGCUCGACGACUCACUGUGUGAGGCCAUGGCGCAACCGCAGUUCCAGGACUACAUGAAGUUCCUGCAGAAAGACCUCGGGUUUGAAUCCAUAGACGAAGUUGAGUCUCAGUGGGGGACAAAUGAUCCGUACCAUGAAUUGUUGGAUUUCUGUCUAUGGGUAGAGCGAGAAGAUCUCAAAGCAGCGUCAAAGAAGCUUACCCCAGCCACUGUGGCCACACCCCAGAAGCAUCUGGAGAGGCACAUCACCUGGGCACCAGAAGCUCCCGCCGCGAAAGCACCAGCAACAGCAUCCCUGCCUGCCAAACCAGCCCCUGCACAACCUCCUAUGGCAUCAGUCAACGUAAAUGUGGCGGACACUUCACAGGCCAUCCACCCCAUGGACUACAACGAGCGCCAAGCUUUGCAAGGUGUUUUCAAGAGGCGACUGAAGGAUCCAGAGGCAAACAGCAUCCCAAAGGAGUUUGUGAAUCUUUGGAACGAAGCCGUGGAAAAGAAUAACAAGGCCAGCUACUGGCCGCUAAGACGGCUUUGUUUGCGAAGUGGCUGGAAGCUGGAAAGGCUGCAUGUUGAAUCUUCCAAGACCCACACAGAUCGCACCGUCGACACCAAGAAGAGACGAUGGCGUACUCGUGCCCAAAUCAUUGCGCUGCAUGGUGGAGACCAUGAUGCAGCUGAUCGUGUGAUCGCCAAGAAGAGACAAGAGGGAAUGGUCCAAGGUCACCCUGAUGACCCCGACCUGGUAGUCACAGAAUUAGGACGCAAGGACGAGGAGGAAGUGGCUGAUGAGACUAAGUAUGGAAGCAAAGCCGAGCUCACCCAUGGAUGUGAGGCUGCCCAGAAGCUGAUGAAAGGAUUGGAUCACACGAAGGCUUUUGCCGAGCCAAGCGGCAACUUGUGUCGCCAAGCAAGCGCAGCUGCUGCGCCGGUUGCGCCACCUCCAAGUGUCGAUGGGGGCAAAGGUAAGGGCCGUGGUAAGGGAAGAGGGCGAGGUCGCGGGGACAAUGGUCAACCGCGUACUGGUUCCAAGACAAAGAAGACCAUGCCUGAUCUGGAGGACGAUCCCCUGGGAGCAGCCGGUUGGAUGGUCACACAGAUACUCAAGGAUUUGCAAAAUGCAAAGGUUCUACCCAUCAAGAUUGUCAACAUGAAGCAUCAGGAAGGUCUUCGCAAUUCCCUGAUCCAGUGUGCCAUUGACCUGGAGAAGUGCUAUUUCCAGCUGAAAGGCAUUUGCGAUGUUUCAACCGAGGAGACAGGCCAGUCCAACUCAGCACAGCCAUCCAAGCGGCCUCGGGUUGAGUUGCAUCCGUAUGUGCCACCCGCAGCGGCCAAGGCAGUGGUGCAGAGGACGGCUUCUUCAGCAUUGAGCUGGCUGAGACGGCAUGGUGGUGACACGCCGCAGAACGAUCUGGUGAAUAAAAUCUCUGGUGUCGCCACAGGUGGGCGACAUCUUCAAAAUGCCGAACGAGACUUGCAUAGGCUCUUGCAAAACGUGUCAAUGUCGCUUGCUGCAACUCCGGAGAUCAUCAUGGUCCGCAUGUACAACCCUGCCACGCUGGAAAUUGAAUGGCAGCCGUUGCCAGUGCUGUUUCCGGACACUUUGCUCCAGGCCCUCUGGCAAGCUGGUGAGGAUGUAUUUCGAUAUUGUCUCUUCGGGAAGAUGACUGAAGAUGAGACGCUUCAGUUUUGGAAGCACAUUGAGAAGCAUUGCCCGUGGUUUCAGUCAAGCCCCGCUUACAACUGGGAGUGGAAGCAAAAGGUGGCAAGUGUGGGAACCUAUGGAGACGAAAUCCAGUGUUACAAGAACAGCGAAUGCGGGGUAGUCAGCGUGACUGCCUGGACAGCAGAAUUCUCCACUCAGAACAAUCCUCUCUUGAGAUAUUUCCCAAUUGCUGUAUGGUCAGAGCAUUGCGAAAGCGAGUUCACUUUUGCAGAUCUUGAAAAGGAGAUGAUUGAACGGUGGCGCCGCCUGACUGAUCCAUCUCUGACUUGGCCAUGGACCAGCUCAGGAUAUUUGAUCGCAUUCACUUUUUGCCAAGGCGCGGCUCUGAUCUACAUGUGCGAGGCUGGCUACUUUGGGCAGGUGAUGGGAUUGCCUGGUUUCCCUGCGUUGCAGUCCAAAGCAGUGGCCAGCAAAGUGCUGACUUUCUGGCUCGCCAACAGAGCAACUACCUUUGCGCAAAGGCCUGACGCAACGAAGGCUGACCGUAUCAUGGCCAUCUGUUUAUAUGCCUAUUCAAAGAUGAUCAUGGUGAUGGACGAGGCUGACCAUCUGAUGACGGAACGGCAAGUCGUGCCACCGAAGUACAGUAUCAAUCCGGACCCUGGAGAGGUUGACUCCCAGGGCCCCUUGCCCCACGAGGGUCCCAAAGGUAUCGGGAGCGUUUGGGUA